GCUGUGGCAUCAUUCGCCCCUCAUACCCACCGCAUCUUUCCGGUUGGGGAUAAUCCCACCUCCCUCCCUCCCUCCUGCUGGCGCCACAGGAACAAAUGUGUCAUUCUCUCAUGUCGCAGGAGCAUUCAGUUAAAACUGUUUAUGUAAUGUAGGACAGAGAAGACACAGCUUUCCAAGGAAACUGAUGUGAUCUCUAAAUAAUAAAAAAAAAAAAAGAUGGGAUGACAGGAGCAGCGGCUGCAACAGUUCGAUGGAGGGAUGAGGCGCAGGCGUACAGUGAGUGCGAGCUUUUGGGUGGAAAACAAAGGUAACCAGACCUGCUGUGUCUCAGAGCAAUUCUGUUUUUCUGUCGAGACAUGAAGGAGCAGGGGUGGCAUGAAACCGAUUUUUCACUUUCCUCUCCAAGAGCAAAUGGUGGAGAAACAAAAGCAUCAUGGCUGUGCCGAGGCGAGCAAGAGGCGCUUUUACGCUUUAAGCAUCAGAGUGAUUCCCUCAGGUUGUGAUGAUGGAAGUGAGAUGAGAUUGUUUGGGUUAUUUAACAGCUGCUGCAGUGACUGAACGCGCUUCAUUUUACCUGCUCCACGCAGAUUCCUGCUGAAAGACGAUGCCUGCAUGCUCAGGCUGUAGCUGGCUUUAAGAGGACCUGUGUUCCCCCCCUGCUGGUUUGAGGUCUGACCGUUUUUCAUCAGCAGCACCACGGACAGCGACAAUGACUCGGCUCCGCAGGAAAGCUCUGGUGGCUCUCUUCCUCUUCGCGCUCUUCAUUUUCGGGGCCAUGAUGGGACUCAGGACGCUCAAACCCAGCGAUGGCUUCUCGGACCUGGCCCCGGGCAUGGACUUCAUCGGGGAUAGGUCCGAGAGGAGGCGGCUGGAUGUGAAAGAUGUGGUGGUGUCUCCAGGCCAGUUCCACAUGGGGAGCAGCGACACCAAGGUGGUCUUCACCAAGUCAGACCGGGAUUACAGCAUCUUUUAUGAUGUGCACAUCUUCUACUACCUGUGGUACGGCUCCCCCAGCAUGGACAACAAGUACAUCCACUGGGAUCACGUGCUGGUGCCACACUGGGACCCAAAGAUCGCAGCCAGUCAUGCCCAAGGAAGGCACACUCCCCCUGAAGACAUUGCGUCAAGUUUUUACCCAGAGCUGGGACCCUACAGCUCCAGGGACCCAAAAGUGCUGGAGUCUCACAUGUCCCAGAUAGAGGCGGCUGCAGCAGGUAAUAGUGGACCUAUAUGUUUACCAUUCAUUUCAUAAUGAUGCUGGCAUUUCUAUGUAACAGCCCCCGAAGAGCCCCCACCAAAGAUAACAAUGAUGCCCCCUUUUUUAUGAAAGUUUGGGGGAGUAAAUACUUGAUUUAGUCUUUUUACUUUUUAAAAUAUAUUAAUUGUAUGGUGGCCGAGAACCGCCACUGCUGCAAAUAGAAAAGAAUGCAAAAAAAAGAAGCCACAACAGAAGUUACCGAUGCAGAUAAAAAAAGAAACAGUGCAGAUAAAAAAAAUAAAAAAGCCACAACAGAGGCUUCAGUUCAACUUCACAUCGACUCAGGCGCUACAUGCCCCAACCAAAUGACACAUUGAAAAGCACAAUUAAACAAUAACCUUUUCCACUUACUUUUUUGCUCGUCUUCUCGCCGUUGUCUUCUGUGCCAAGAUCAUAAAACACCGGUGCAUCACCAUCCCUGGUAGCUCACUUCCGUUGUCGCUUCUUUAUUUGUAUCCUUUUAUUUUCGCAGUAAGUUACUUUUUUUUCCAUCGUCACUUAUUUUUGGGUCGUUAACUUCCGUUGUGGCUUUUUGUUUUUCUGCACUGUUUCUUUUAUAUUUGCAGUUUCUUUUUUUUUUUGCAUUAGUAACUUUCAUUGUAACUUCAUUUUUUUGCAUUCUUUUUUUAUUUGCAGCAGUGGCAGUUCUCGGCCACAGUAAUAUUGCAUAUAUUUUAUUUUACAUUUUGCAGAAAAAUACAACACAGGGCACCAAGACAAUAUAAAAGUGAAUGUUUGGGUUUGGUAAAAAAAAAAAAACUGGAAAUGGCACAAAAACUACAACAAGAAGGCAAAUAGAAGGUAAUAGAAAACCUACAUACUCAAUACUAAAUUUCUAUAAUACAAUUUCAAAAAGAUUUCGAGUCUAGAGCUUUUAAUUCAAUAAUUGAUUUUAAUCCAAAAGAUGACUUAAAGAGAGGACGACAGAGAGCCCAGUCUUGUCUAGUUGAAUAAUCACAAUAUUGAAUUAUUGACGUAAUAACAUCUAAAAUAAGACAAGUAAAUCUGCUUUGAUAUACAUAUUUUAAGAGAUAGACGUACGAGUUUGAAAAAUGUUAGCAUUAAAAAAAGAGAAAUGGGGAUGCACUUGCAAUAAACUAGGCUGUCUCAGAAACACUUAGAGAUUUUGAUGGUAUGAUUGCUGUCAUAGCAACAGUGGUGGACAGUAACUUAUUACUUAUUAUGGGUACUCUUACUUGAGUAGAAGUACUUGGGUAUUUUCUGGAUAAGCCCUGCACGUUUUAAAUAGCAUAAAAGAUAAAUAGAAAAAUACAAACUUACCAUUGACUGUAUAACAGCCAGCUGUCUGGCAGGCUGCACUGCAAAAAACUUUAAUUUUGUUAAGUGAACUUAUCUCUUAUCUGGUCGAAACAGCACAUAACACUCAAUUUAACUGGCGAUGACAUAAAAGGCAGAGAUUUCAAUCUUGUUUCAACAUGUCUGUAGUGAAAAAAUCUCAGUGUCUUGAAAUAAGUCCUACAUCUAGUUUAAUGUAAUUUAUAAGAUUUUUGCCUCCUGCAUUUGUAGCCACUUUCACUCAUAGCAAUCAAUGGUGUUUUAAUUUUUGUCUUUUAAUAACAAGCCUUUCUGCACAGCCAGACAUGACUUAAGUGUAACACUGGAUUCUUUACCCUGGAUAAGCGCAGAGUCAAAAUCCCUCCACAUCUUAUUCCUAAUUUUAUCAACUCUUUCAAAGUUUUCUUUGUGAAAUGCCAAAUAUCUGUUACCAUCCAUCACAUUCACAAGCUCAGCUGUGUGUUGUAGGGGUGCUGGUGUUGUCCUGGUAUCCUCCUGGGGUAGCCGACGACCACGGGGAGCCCACAGAGGACCUGGUUCCUGCUGUCAUGGACGCCGCCCACAGGCACAGCAUCAAGGUAACUGGUGAGACAACCGGUAUGUUUUUCCUUUCUAACGAUUGACUGAAUGAAUGACUGUGACAGGGUUAGUCUAAGAACUUCAUAUGUCUCUAGCCUUAACUGUAAGUCUAUGCAUGUGCGAUGCAUUUCGGAGGGAUAAGACGAUAUGUAACUAACAUCACAAUACAAAUCCACUGAAAGUCUCACUUGGGUCCAGACAUCAUACAAGAAAAUGACAGUAGAAGUAAAAUUUGUGUGUUACAUGAACUUGAAUAUCCUGUUACAUGCACACAAAGAAACCUGGUUAUUAAUAUCCCUGUGUACAUGAUCAAUACUUGUAUCCCAGUCUCUGAUUACUGCAUCUUAGUUGCACGGGUGCCUGCAGUGAAAUUUUUGAAAAACGAGCUGCAGCGAUUUUUCAAUCUGAGAAAAAAAAGACUAUUGUUGCUUAGUGUGGGCUUCGCAUUAUUACAUGCAAACAUGGCGCCGCAUAUACAGCACACCCACCUGAUUUCCAGCAACAGAGGAAGAGAGCGACUGCAAAUAUUAACCUCAGCCUUGACUGCAGUCAGCUUGUUACUUCCACCACGUAGGAAGGGAGCAACAGGUGAAGAAACACAACUUUAUGAUUAUAUUUCAUUACUGAAAGAUGAAACUCAGUUUCUUCUUCUCCUUAAGUGAGAAGCUCUAGCUGCUACUGCCAUGUUUGUUUCGCCAGGGUAAGGCUUACGAAUGCCACAGUCUCCCAUUUUCUUUCAUCAUUGUCUCUCAAAUCAGGAAAUGUUUGUGUGCACAGACACAAAACCAGGAUCCUUCAAGAAUCCAAUCAAAACCAGGAUACUCAUGUUUAGGUUUCACUGAUUCAGACUUUAUGUCUCUCAGCAGAUUGAGAUCUAACAAGUCUCAAAUUUGAGCUGUUCUUUGGUGUUAGUUUGCAACAUAAACCAAACAGCAACCUACGUUGUUGAAAAAUGAGACAACUGUGAAAAUGCUAAAAAAGGCAAUGCCUCAAGCUUCCACUUAAAGACACUGAGACCCUCCUCAACACUGAGGACUCAAGGUGAGCUGAAAAAGUACUACUUAUCAAGGACCACGUUAAAACUCCUGUGAGGGAUGUUUUUGAUAUUCAUGAAGCAGACUGAUGCCCUUUUAUAACAUACAAAAGCCAACAAGACUAUCAGGGACAAGAAUUAGAGUUUUCACAUUUUAAUUUCAGGGUCUCGGGUCAGAGGUUAGAUGAAAGCCAGGCAGCUACAGACACCACUCUUUGUAACUUUCUGUACAAUAUUUACAAUAAAUGAUACAUAGGAUUGUCAAAAGUCUGCCAGAUAACACUGUUCAAGUGUGGAAAGGACAAGGUCAGCAAAGACUGCUCGUCAGUAAAGCUUAUUACGUAAUAGGUGAAUGGUGCGACACAUCUUCUACUACUUACUGCAGUAAUAUUGAGCAUGCACACAUCAGCUAUAGUUGUCAAAAGUGUAGAUUUGAGUGAUCAGACCCACACGGAAACACUCUUUUGUCAUAAGUUAAGAAAAAGGGUGUCAUGCCCUUUAUCUAAAUGCAGAAUGUCUUGCAGCUGCAUUGCAUUCUGGUCCGAUGAGACUCCUGACAGCUGAGAAACUGUUACCCAUCCCCAAACUGGCUGCAUAUUUAAUUUCUGAGGCUCUGACCUCAAAACCUGACAUUUACAGUAAUAUGAACGCUGCAGAGGGAUGAAAAGGCUCUGCUUACGUUCCCUAUUUAAACUAUUUUUACUGACUGGGGAAGCUUCAGGGUACAUUUUCUAUUUCAGUGCUUGUCUCUUUCUAACAGAGUCACAUGUACUUUAGCACAGAGGGAGUUUGACACCACAGAGCCAUGAGAUGCUGAAGAUGCUCAAGAAAACAAGCAGAGCACAGACUCUGUAGAUUCAGCUUUAAGGGGAAGAGGAGAUUUCCUUUAGUUUACUUUCCUGUUCCUGAGGAGGUCUCAGAUCGAGAAAUGAGUCUGUGUGUCUCUGUCAAACUUACACAACAGUGUGUGUCUCACAGCUGACCCCAGGCUUGAUGCUGCAGUGUUUUAGUGCAUCAAAGACAAAGCUCAGACUGGAGUCCGUGUUUGUAUGCUCUCAGCCAGUUAUAUAUGUCAUUUGACAAAGUGCUUUGACAGAGGAGAAACUCAGAGUAUAUUAAGAAGCCAAAUGAGGUCUGGAGAGGAGUUGUUCUUCUACUACUGUUACCAACAGGCAGAUCUCAAGAGCUAGAUCCUCAUUAAUUAAGUAUAGAUUGACCCUUUUAGCAACCCUAAAAGUCUGGUCACACUUUUUAUGCACCCACCUCUCAUAAUUAAACAUCAUAAACCCAUUUAUAAAGCUUUAAUGUCCUUACACACCGGGAGCAACGCAAAUAUACAACCUGAAAUUAUGAAAUAUUCGGAGGCGAAUUUUGACGCGCUUGACUAUAAACGACUAUAAACAAAGACGUUUAGCAAACUGUUAAGGCACAUAAACCAUCGUCAUAUGAGAAAUCCAACGCUAUGACUCAACAAGUUGUCCUUCAGGUCGUUAUCUUUGUAAUAUUUGUGUUUUUCAUCAAAAAGCACUCUGUUCUCCGACACGUAAACAAUCAGCCGGUCGGCCAUGUUGGAUAUACCGGUGAAUCUGAUGUCGCAACAACACGAAAUCUGAUUGGUCAGAGGUGGACACACAGUAUGCAAAACUUUCGACUGUGAUACGAAAAAAUAAAUGCCUCAAUAUCGCAGGACGGGAAAACGCCACUGAUGUGAACGCUUGUAUUGACAGGAUACGGGUUUGGAAAAAAACUUUUGACGUCCGAUUCUGAUUCCUCGUUUCGAUUCCAGUUCCUGACGAUUCUCUAUUCUGAUUCUUUUAAACGGCAGGAUAUUUGUAAAAAAUGCAUCGUUUUCAUAAGGGUGCUAACCGGAGUUCUUCUUUUUGGAUGAAAUUUCUGAACUUCUCCAUGAAUUUUUAGAUUCUAUUAACUUUUCAAGAACUUUCUCAUGAAUUUCUCACAGGGCUAUUUUCAACCAGUAUAUAAAUAUCAAUGUUGUCAGGUUGUUUGUCUAUGAAAAAGUACAAGAGCUAACGUUAGUUGGAUAUUUAAGUUGACCCACCAUACACAGUACAAUUUGUUUGUCGCUUCAGUGUUAGCAGAAGACAGAAGUAACUUACUGCUUCACUUAUCUGAUUCUGGCUGGCGUUGACCGGCGUAGCGCGUCAAAGACACUCAGGUACUUCUCCUCCAUGAAUCCUGAGGUGUUUAAUCAUGUUGGUCGUUCACCCUCCUUUGCAUGGUUUAACUGUGUGGCUAAUGUUGCACCAAAAUAAAUGUUCAUUCUUCCUGCUAAAGUUAGCCAAACUUUUAACCACCGCCGCUGUGGGUUGCAAUACACUCUCUCUCUCUGUCUCUCUUCUCUCCCUCUGUCGCUUCGUCUCAUAAACUUCAUCCUCGUUGGUGUUCGGCGGCUUCUUCCUGGUUGGUGUUCGGCGGCUAUUUCUUCCGGUCGGCGGACGACGCACGCUGUUAGCCCGAGACCGACGUCCGCGCAUGGCGGCCAUCUUGCUUCAGGCAGCUGGCCCACUCAUAACAUGACAGUCUACGGUGCAUGUAGCAUUUAAACAACCAUAGAUUGCUUAAUUUUAAACCGAUUUUCAAACGGUUUGGUUUGUAACAAACCUCAGAGUUUUAGUUAUGUUCCUGCAUACUCAAGAACAAUUUUAAGUAAACAUUAAGCACAUUACAAUACCUGACCUUGUAAGUCAUGAUAAAAUGCUUUGUAAUGUGUUAUGAUUAUUGCUAUAAAGCAAUGCGCUAUAGAGAUAGGCGUCAAAUAAAGUGUUACCAAUUGCUGCAAAUUUUCCUACCGUGGGAUGAGUAAAGGUUUAACUCAUACCCUGUUUGGGGUUGGUGUACAUAUUCUCAAAAAUUGCCUCUACUUGGACAAAAGGAGCAGUAUGUAUAUAAACAGCAGAGCAAAUGUGAUGGAGUAAACAGUAAAAGGGAUUAGAAAGAGUAGGAAGCUUUAAAAAACAAGUUCAAACAUACAAACCUCCCACAAUGCUGCCACUGUCGUCUUUUACUGCCUUAAUCUCAGUUCUAUCAUUAGAGUAAUCUCCUCCAGUGUCACUAUGUCUCUUGUUUACAUCCCACACGUCCUGUUGUUGUAUACAACCUAAGCUUAAUGGCGUGCCCUCUGGAGGUAUCCUCCAACAACACAUGUGGUGUAUAAUAAAGUAUAUUUACAAUUACGCAGCAAGACCCCACACCUAUGCAAGGCUGCACAGUGAGUAUAUAUCCACACGCCUGAGCAGUUACUUAGUCGAGCCAAAAAUGAAAUUGUUAGGUCCUCCACCAUGAUAAGGAGCAGUCCUAAGCCUUUGCAGCUUUUUGAAGAGGGAUGAAAGAAUUGAGAGGAGAGAAAUCUGUGGAGUUAUGAGCAAGGUGGGAAGGGAACAGCCUUUAUUCUCAUAUCAACUAUCACUCAUUGAUUUGUGCAGUGCAUCUUUACUGACUUCUCUGGAGCUUUAUAGCACCAGCAGUGCCAAAAGAAAGUUAAAAUACAGACCUUAAAACUGCCAUUAAGGGGUACCUUGAAACAAAUCACAAAUGUGUCUGUUUUUAACUGUCUGAGUGUAACUAAGUGUGAGAGUGUUAUUAUUUUACUCAGAACUUUCCCAAUAAUAAAAUGUAUGCAUAUAGAGUGAGAAGAAAGUUGAAGAAGUACACAAAAGUGUUUGCUUAUAUUCAAUAUUUUUUCUCAUUUAGUGCAGUAAAUUCUAGUUUUUUAAUUACUUUCCUACUUACUUUAUUACUUAUUUUAUGUAGGCCACAUUGGAUUAUUUCUUACAGUGACUAAAAUGUCUUUUAUUUGCACUCUGCUUCAGCAUUUCUUUAUUUCACAUCUCCGUUUACAUAAUAAGCUGAUUUAGUGCAGCAUCCACUUGCAUGAUGAUGUAACAUGGCUUCAGGUUAGUGUUGUCAUUGUCUGAAGAGAAGCCAAACAUUGGUGAAAACUGUUCAGGAGGCCUGUUUGUUGCGGCGCCGUCUUUUCGCCAGAGACACAGGGUGUAAAUAUGAGAGUGUGUCAGCACCACAGGAGGGGCCCUGAUAGAGAAAACAAAACACUUUUCAUCUGCAUCCAUUCAAGCUCUAUCCGGCCAAACUGGACCAGACUGAGCAGCAUCUUACCUCACCGCGCUUUCAUGAUUUCCAACCAGUCGAGACAACUGACAGGCUCGGGCCUGUGCGCCAAAUGCCACAUCACCAUGGAAACUGUUUAAGAAGACCUUGCAGCCUCUUUUGAAAAAUAAAGUGGGCGUCAAGCGCUCAGUGUUUGUGGCAUGACAGCUCCGUCAAUGCUUUAGUGUGUGUGUGGCUGAGCAGCAGUGGACCUGUUCCUCUUUGUGACUGAAGUGAACAGUUCGCUUCAGUUGAUGCCGCAGUUUGUCCUGCAGGACAGAGAGACUCCACCACUCUGCUUUCAGCUCCUGAUACAAAAAAUAACACACUGCAGUCUGUAAAAGAUCAUAACUGUGUUUUUUUAUGAUUAAUAUCAUUUAUCAAAAAAAAAUUCUGAACUAAAAUUCCCUUAAGAUUGAAUACAUCUGAAGCUUAUGUGAGGGACCUUUACCAUGUUUACCCCCAUUAUUGCCUUUUGUAUCAUAUUUGAUACAUACUUUUAUAUACUUAUAUAAAAUCAAUUACUAAAAAAAACACCUGAAUACAGUCCGAUAAAUGAUUAAAAUGAUUAAAAAAAUCAUCUAAUGUAUCAAACGAGAUAAAUAAAUAUAUUUGUUAAAUUUUAAGGACAUUUUGAUUUUUGGGGUUUUCAGUAGUAAGUGAAAUAAACAUUUCAGCUCCAAAAAAAAUUGAAUUUUUUGGCCAUAAUUUGUGGUUUCAGGCAUUAAAGGGUUAAAGGAUCUGGAAAAAUCUGCACAAAAGGGACAAGUGAAGAACCAGUACUGGAUGUUUGUGAUCUUCUGGUCCCGAGGAGACUGCAUAGGGUCAAAAUCCCUUCCACCCAUUAAAAUUUAUGACAGAGAGGCUAAAUAAUCAGAAAGGUUCACAGACUGCAUGUUAUAUUAAGCCUUCAUGCUGCUUCUCAAUCAAACAGAUGAUACAUGGAAAUAAUGAACUUGGUCAGUCUGUAAUUCUCUGCAUAACAUCUUGUUUUGCAGGGCUUUGUCUAAUUUUAUUGUGUAUUUAAAAUUUUUUCUAUUAACGUCUUAUUUGAAUUGUGUUUCGCACAGGUGGCCUUUCACAUCCAGCCAUACAAGGGACGGACAGACCAGAGCAUGCAUGACAACAUCAAAUACAUUAUUGACAAGUGAGUUAUUUAUUUCCGGGCCUCCAUUUUCCUCUGUGCAGUAUUUGUUUACCAAAAGGUCAAACCCUCCUCUCCGUAUCAUUGUCUGCUGACGUUAGGAAUCCAGAGAUCUGGUGAAACAUGAAGUCUAAUGAGAGGAGAUGUGGAGGAUAGUUGUUAAAAAUAGAUGUCUCCCCUGUGGUUCAGCUGUAAGAGAUCAGCAGGUAGAAUUCAAGUCAAAGGGAGCUGGACUCUGUAUCUACCUCCUUAUAUUUCAUGAUAUUCCUCUAAGGAAACAUGUAUAUAUAUCAGCAAUAAAAGAGAGAGUGGGGAAGGCUGUGAGGCUAAUCAGAUCCUGCUUCAUCUAAUAAAAUAUUCAGUGGGAAAAAGAAGCCCAUGAUCCCUCACUGUGGCCUGGAAGGAGAAUAAAGAGCCUCAGUGAUGCUGUGUUUGUAGUCAUACAAACUGGAGUCAAAUCAAAGCACGGGCCAGAGCGCCGCGAGCUGAAUCUGAUUCCUGGAUUUUAUGUUGCUGCCAAUAUUUUCAGAAAACCCGCUGUGCACACCAUCUGCAUGACAAGAAACAAUAUUUAGGCUGAGAGGAAAGAGGUGGAAGUUCUGAAAAAGUACAAAUAUGAUCUUAAUGGCUGAAACAAAUCAGUCUGUGAAGUCUUAGCAGGAAUAAAGCCGCUUUAAAACAUCAGUAUUGUUACAGUUAGGGCUGUCGCAAAAAAUUGAAUUUGACAAAGUUGUUGAAAAAUUAAAACACUGAUAUUGUAUUUAAAGUAUACACAAGGUAAUACCGUGACUUCAUGAUGUGCUCUUUUACUCUGGUUGCUACUCGUCAUAAAACGGAGGAUAAAUUAAGAAAAAGCAGCAGACUGCGAGCCAGCCAGCUGAAAAAGCCCCAGAGAAAUUAUGAAACCCUUUAAAAAACUCAUGUUAAAGAUUUAUCGUGAAACCAAAAAUAACAUUAGGGCUAGUGCCACUCCAGGUUACUAAUCAUGUGAGCAUUUACACUUUAAAACCAUUCCUUUAAGUGUUUGUGUUCAGUUGUGUACCUUGCAAUCUGAUUCAAAACUUCAAAAUAAAAGUAGGUUAUAAUAGUUUAAUACUUCGACAAGCAGGAACUAAAGCAAUAAGAAAUAAAAGCACAACAAUCAUUAAAUGAGACAAUGUCUUCUCCAGAGACGUUUUAGUCACAGGGCUUUUAAAAAAUCAUAAAUUUGAAUAUUAUUAGAAAUGCGGUGUGUUGUUCCAUCCUUAUUCCUUCCUUUAAGAAAGAGAAAGAUCGCAUGCUAACUUUACUUUUAUAUCUAUCUGCUUGUAGCGACUGCUUUCCUUCAACAAAAAAGGCCACUGGGUUUUACGUUCGCCUGCACCUGUGACUCGCUUUAAUGAUCAGUCCGAUUUGAGACAUGAAAAACGAUGAGAAAUGGUCAAAAAACGGUCAAAACAGUCAAUAGAAAAUUAUCAGUGCUUACCAAACAUCCCAAAACCACACCCCUCAGUGACGAUCUCGGAAGUGACUUGCCUACAAAAAUAAAACUUUCAAUAUAUUUUGGCUCCUACUCUGCUGUGUUAAGUACGAUACUUGUGUUUACAAAAAGGUUUCUCAAAUCUCCUGAAUCUGAAAUAAGUCCAAAAGCUUCUCUGUGUUCACCACCACAUUAGCACCCAUCAAAUUAAGAGUAGCGUGAUCAAAAUGAUGCAUAAGAUUUUAGUAAAUUGGUUAUAAUUUAACAUUUUUAAAUUUCUCCUCGUUUUUAUUUCCUCAGAUAUGGAAAGCACGGCGCUUUCUACAGAUUCAGGUCUAGCACAGGGCGAGUCCUGCCUCUGUUUUAUGUCUAUGACUCUUACCUGACCCCACCGGAGUCCUGGGCGGAGCUCCUGACCACUAAAGGCUCGCACAGCAUCAGGGGCACGCCUUACGAUGGCAUCUUUGUCGCCCUGAUUGUCGAAGAGCGCCACAAACACGACAUCCAAGCUAGCGGCUUUGAUGGCAUUUACACCUACUUCGCCUCCAACGGCUUCUCCUUUGGCUCGUCACACCAGAACUGGAAAGCCAUCAAGGCCUUCUGCGAUGCGAACAAUCUGCUUUUCAUUCCCAGCGUAGGUCCAGGGUAUGUGGAUACAGCUGUUCGACCCUGGAACAACCACAAUACCAGGAACCGGGUCAACGGGCGGUACUACGAGACAUCCCUGCAGGCAGCUUUGUCUGUCAGACCAGAAAUUGUCACCAUCACUUCCUUUAAUCAAUGGCACGAAGGUACACAGAUAGAGAGGGCUAUACCCAAGAAAACAGUGACCCGCUUGUACCUGGACUACCAACCCAACCAACCAGACCACUACUUAGAACUAACACGCCAGUGGGCCGAGAACUUUAACAAAGAGAAGGACAAAUGGCUGAUGUAGACUGGGCUUAAGUUUGAGAUUAUGUGCACUGCUAAAGACUUGCUGUUCAUCCACUUCUGUUUUUUUCUCCAACUCUGAUCUCUUGUGAUAAAACUUUCCUUUAAUGUUCACUCUACCUUCACUAUUUUUAUCUCUAACAAUUUUUUUGUACAGGUUGUUAACGUCACUGAUGUGUCGAAGCUGCAAAAUCACAAUGAUGGACAGCUAAUCUUUGUUUCCUGAGAACAGCUUUGUUUGGGACAGAAAGUGAAGCGAUGUACAGUGGAGGUGGUUUUCGACCAAAGGUGCCAGGAACUUUUAGUUCUGGGAGCUGAAUUGUUCCUAGCACAGCCUGAAACCCAUGGUAAGAUUAUGCAAAUCAGGCCGCUGACUACUAUGACGGUUAUUUGGUAGAAGAAGUCACUUGCACAGCUUUUUAUUCAAGUCCCUGCUGAACUUUUGUCUCAAAAAAAUGCUCACAAAAAAAAACAAAACAUUGGCAGCGGGUUAGCUGUAUCAUUAAAUAACAUCAGGUUACAAAAAGUUUUUGCUCUCAUGCUAUCGUCCUUUGGUGCCUCUACCUGUCCUCCCCUUUCCCUGCUCAGCUGGUGUUUGUCUGUUUAAAAUGCAAAUUAGACCCUGUUCAGACCUCGCAUCAGCAUGUGGCUUUUAGUGACAGGGAUACAAGUUACCAGCAUUAAAGGGAUAUUCCAGUGUAAACUUAAUUUAGGGUCAAACACACCAUAACACCGAGUUAGACACCCCCUCGAGAGAUGAAUGUUGCCGACUGCUUGCUUCUCUAGUUUUACCAACUUCAGUCACGACCGCACGAUAGCAAUACACAGCGGUCUGAGGAGCCAUAAACAAACUUCAACCAAAAUGCCACUCUAUAGCCACAAAUAAAGCUCAAAACAGCAUCUAACUUCAUCAACAGAACAUAUAAGGUCGCAGGCAUAGCACCAGCCACCAAACAUCUUUUUAACUUUGCCUAAUUUCUUUAGCAAAGAGACUAAACACAACUCACCUACUCUCUUCCAGCAGCCGCUUGUUUGUAGGAAGACCUCGGGCCAGUCUAUUACGGACUGCUACGGGGUGACGCAGCUCAAGGAAGAAGCAAGCGGUCAGCAAUAUUCAUCUCUCAAGGGGGUGUCAAACUUGGUGUUAUGAUGUUUGACCCUAAAUUAAUUUCUAAUUGUUGAUUAUCUUGAUUUUUAGUCUGCCUUCUUAAAACCAGUGAAACAGUUGAAUGAUUAUGAUUGUCUACUAACUAUUCCAGGAACCAUAUUUCCCCAAAAAAUAAACAUCACAUGCAAGUUAGUUUUUAAGAUUUACUCUUAAAUUUGACGGGGGAAAAAAUCGAUUUUUGAACAUAAAAAUUGAUUUAAAAAUUGUAAAACAAACAAUUGCAAUACUUAUGUGAAUCAAUCCUCUGAUCAGAUCUGGUUUUGGUGCUGGAUGUAAACAGGGCGUAAAAUUGUUUCUUGAUAAGACCAACCCCAUAACACCCAAAUCAUCCUGUUAUGAAAAUUAUGUACACAAAAUAGAGUCAUAAUUCCUGUCUGCACUCAGUUUUACUAAACAAAUAACAUUAGGUUAUGUGGGAUAUUAUAAACAACCUGUCCUCAUCCCUCCUUCUCUGUGUGUGUGUGUGUGUAUGUGUGUGUGUAUGCGUGCACUGCUACCAGUAUUUUCUAUGUAUAUUAAUGACCUGUUUUUUAUGUAAAUGAGAUCAUCCUCAGGUCCUGCCCCCAAAGUUUCAGGACCUUUGGAAAGUACUACGCCCCUGCAGGGACUUAAACGGGGUAAAUAAUAACCCCAGAACUAAAUUCAGACCUGGCUGUUAAUGCACAGAGUUUCUCCCUGGUUCCCUUUUUCCUGGGGAAGUUCCUGCUGUCGAAAAGCACCUUAAGUCUGCCCUGACUUUUUUUUUCUCACUUUCUUAUGAUGAACUGUUCUAUCCUGUAUUUCUUUCAGAAUUAAAAAAUGUGUCUGUUAA